UAAUCCCGUGACUCUCAAAGUCAAGGAGCCCACCGUUCACGGGGUCAUUGUCAUCUCUAAUCUUUUGAUCAUUCAGAUAAAACUAGUCUUAUUUCUUUAUUUUUUCCCUGUCCAGAAGGCAUCUCACUAUGUCGAGAUCUGGAGCAUUGGAUCUGGCUUCUGGGGUUGGUGGGAAGAUUGAGAAAAAUGAAGUACUCUCAGCUGUUCAGAAGUAUGAGAAGUAUCAUGUUUGUCAUGGAGGGGACGAGGAAGAGAGAAGAGCUAAUUACACUGACAUGGUUAACAAAUACUAUGAUCUUGCUACAAGCUUUUACGAAUAUGGGUGGGGUGAGUCUUUCCAUUUUGCGUCUAGAUGGAAAGGGGAGUCCCUUCGAGAGAGCAUCAAACGACAUGAACAUUUUCUUGCAGUGCAACUAGGAUUGAAAUGUGGACAGAAGGUGUUGGAUGUAGGCUGUGGCAUUGGAGGUCCCCUAAGAGAAAUCGCUAGAUUCAGUGAUACUUCUAUUACAGGGUUGAAUAACAAUGAAUAUCAAAUAACAAGGGGAAAGGAGCUAAACCGCCUUGCUGGAGUGGACAAGACCUGCAACUUUGAGUUGGCCGACUUCAUGAAAAUGCCAUUUUCAAAUGACACUUUUGAUGCAGUAUUUGCAAUAGAAGCCACCUGCCAUGCACCAGAUGUGCUUGAUUGCUACAAGGAGAUUUAUAGAGUGUUGAAGCCUGGCCAGUGUUUUGCUGCUUAUGAAUGGUGCAUUACUGACUGCUUUGAUCCCAUGAACCGAGAACACCAGAGGAUAAAGGGAGAAGUUGAGCUUGGCAACGGACUUCCUGACAUCAGGUCAGUGGGACAAUGUCUUGAAGCUCUGAAACUGGCAGGUUUUGAAGUUCUAUGGGAGAAGGAUGUUGCCGCAGACUCACCUCUCCCUUGGUAUCUCCCUCUGGAUACAACUCAGUUCUCACUAAGUAACUUUCGGACAACGUCUUUUGGACGCUUCAUCACUAGAAACAUGGUCAAAGCCUUAGAGUUUGUGAGGCUUGCACCAGAGGGGAGCCAAAGAGUUCAAGCUUUCCUGGAGAAAGCAGCAGAAGCUCUGGUUGAAGGAGGAAGGGAGGGGAUUUUCACACCCAUGUAUUUUUUCGUGGCCCGGAAGCCCCGUUCGUAAGUCAACAAAUCUUUGAAGUUUACGCCAGACAAUUUUUUCUACUGAUAUAUUGCCUGGGAAACCAAGCAGGGUUUAUUCAUCUCCGCUCGUUCCGCCAUAAUUUGUAGACUAAUAUAUAAACCAUUUAUUCACUGUCCCAAAAUGAUUUUUUGGAGCUUUAAUGAAACCUUAAAUCAAAAGAUUUCGGGCA